AUGGAGUUGCCUGCGUUCCUUGGGCGCUCAGGAACUGCAACUCCCGGCGGCCCCCGCGCGCGCCGUGCGUCCCCGCGAGCCAGCCCCGCCCCCCUGUCCAGGGGGAUGCGGGACACGGAGUUGGCGCGAACGCCUGAGGCGGGGCGGAACCGCCCGGGCCACAGCUUGAGUGCCCUGUCCAGUUCUGGGCCCUGCAGGACAAGAAGGACAUUGAGGGACUCCCUGACACGGAGAAGCUCCGAGCUGCCCUGUCCACUGCUGGAUACCAUAAUAACUCUAGGGCAGACCUCCUGCUUUAUAAAUAUGCUCCGGUGUUCCAGUGCACCGCCGCCCUCAUGUGAGAACUACUGUGAGAAGAGUACCGACUCAAGUGGAAUUCUUUGGAUUUGUUUGGGCACAGGGUUGAUUUUAAUACUCACUCUGUUCACCUUAAUAGUCUUGUUUAAAUGGAAGCACCUAAAGCAACUAAAAGAAAAACUGGAAAACACAGACUGCUCUGUGGAGCCGAAUAAUGUUCUCAAGGCUAAUACUGAAAGCAGUGUGAAUACAGAAGAAAUCAGACACACACUUCCAAGUGAAACAUUAAUGUAUUCAGUGGAAGAAUGCACUUGCAGUGACUGUGGCUUGGUAAAACCUCAGACUGGCUGUGAAACCUCAUUUCCAUUACCAGCUACUGAAGAACGAGCUACUGUUCUAGUUACCACCAAAUCUUUUGAUUAUUACAACUACGUUCUGGGUGUUGGAUGACUGGGAGAGAAGUGUACUGAGUAAUAAUAAAUGAGCUAUUCCAGUAUAGCUGUUAACCUUAAUACUUGCAGGAAGUGGAGAAGGUAGUACAUCAUCCUUAGAGAUCUUCCUUUGUGCUUGCACUAAUGCUGUCAUAUUAUUUCUAAUUCAUGUAUUUCAUUAGUCAAGUAUUUCUACAUUAUUCUCAGGCACUCAACUUACUGGAAUUUUUAAUUUCAGGAAGUUCUCACAGAGGACAGCUUUUUCUGCCUUUAGAGAUUGCACCAACUUACAGCAGAUAUAUACAAAAUAAACAAGUUUGCAAACAUA